AUGCCCGUACUCCUCACGGGGAUGGUGAAGAAGUAUUUUGGUCAUGCUGUAGAGGAAUUUAAUUAUUUAUUUAUUUUACAAAAUAAAAUAAAUCCAUAUAUUGAAUUUCUUCGAUCUAUUCAAUCUAUUCCACAAUGGUGUACUUUUUACAAUGAUAAAUAUCCUCGACAAUUAAUUCAUAAAAUGAAUAAACAUUUAAAUAAAUAUAAUCAAUCACGAAACAAAUUUUCACAAUAUAACGAUGAAGAAUUUAAAUGGGCUUAUUAUACAAUAAAUACACGAUGUGUUCAUUUUGAUAUGGAAAUUGAUUCAAAAGAUCAAGAUAAUAAUCUUUGUCUUAUUUCAUAUUUAGAUUUUGUUAAUCAUUCAAUCGAAUCAAGUACAAUUUCAAAAUUUAAUCAUUUAACUCAUUCAUAUGAAAUUCGUACAAUAAAAUCAAUAGACUUGAAUGAACAAAUAACAUUUCUUUAUAAUUCUCAUUCCAAUGUUGAUUUAUUUAUUGAAUAUGGUUUUAUUUUAUCAUCAAAUCCUUAUAAUCAAUUAAAUAUUGAAUAUGAACUUGAACAAAUACUUUCAAAUCAACAAAUUCAAUUAAUAAAAUCGUUUAACUAUUGA